AUGCCUGACGAUGAAGUAGGACCGCUAACGGCUUCUUUGACAAUAUUAACCGAUGAAUGGGCAGCUUUGAGCAGCCCGCCGCCCAUGAUUCGAAAAAAAAUCAUCGCACAACAUAUGGUGACGGAUUCAACAGCUGGAGUCGGUGGCGUCGGCGCUCCCGCAGGCAAUGUGCGCAGUUUUUUCUCGAAUUCUGGAGGUCAUAUAUUGAUGGGUCGCUCCGCGACAGUUGCACUACCCCUUGUUGUCGCUGUUGUUGCCAGUCUCAGUAUCGAAUGUCCUGCAACUACUGUUCUUCACCACUGCCGACACCGAACCGUUCGAUGUGAUGUGCGAUGGGGUUGGGCGAGAGAAGAAAAACGCAUUUUCGCCCCAAAUGUCCAGCACUUGAAAUCACAAGUCUGGUCACCUUGGCUUGAAGUUCAAAACAGUUGGCCUUCUGUAGGCGAACAUCGACGAGGUAGUGGAAGAAUAUCAUUGACUACGCUCGAGCGACCAUCAAAAACAGCAAAAUUAGAUCUCAUAGCCGGUAUUUUACUUAUCUUCGUUAUUGAUAUGUUACUACUAAGUUUCACAUUCUAA